UUUUUAGAAACCCAGUGUCGGUCAAUGUUUUCAGCGUUUCACGCACAGUUCGCUCCAUUCCGUUGCCUUUCUCUGCUCCAUUCACCUAACUCCUUUAAAUGUUCGUGAAAUUCCGCAGAAAAACCCCGGUCUCCUUCCCCCGCUAACGCUUUUGCGCAGCUCCGAGGAUCGCGAAAAAGGCCGAGCCCUCACGCUUCUUGUCGAGCCGCGGAAAAUCAAUAAUGCAUCGGACAUUUUCAGCAGUUUCAGUGUCGCUUCCCUUCGAUCGGUUCCCGUAGGCCAUUCCAGCAGUGCGAGUCGAUUUCCUUCCCCGUGUUCUUAUUCUCGUCGUCAAUCAUGAUUUUCACCGAGUACCACAAGUCCCUACUUUACGAGAGGCUCAAGAUUGGGUUCAACUGUUCGUUUUGCGGGACCCAUUUCCUGAAUAAAAUCGACUAUACCGUCCAUGUCCAUGAACAUUACAAUGCUCUGCUUAAAAAAGGAACCUUUGUGUGCAAAGUUUGCAACAAGCAAUUCGGAAACCAGAAAAUCUAUCAGAUACAUACUCAAAUCCAUGCCAAUGGAACACCAGAAGAACAGAAGUUACUUGCUGAGGCUGAAGCAGAGGCUGCUGAGGCUGCCGCUGCUGCUGCUGCCAGGGAGGCUGAAGCAAGUGCAAGCGGUACAAAUGAAUCUGCUGAGAAGAAAGCACCCAAGCGUAAGAAACCCACUCCUCCACCGGCAACGCCUCCAAAAAAGAAAGGAUUCACAAAAGUCAGGAUGGAAGAUUGUCUGAGAUGUGAUGAGUGCUCAUGCAUUUAUUUAGAUGAAAAUGAUUACCAUAAACACAUGAGGAAUUUUCAUGGUCAUAAUCAAGGAAGCCGGAAAUCUCCCAAGAAAAAAGGGUGUCGUUCUUGCUGCGUCAACUGCAAAAGUGGCAAUUGCAAUCCAGCGCUGCCUCAACUUCCACUUCCGCCUGUGCAAGAAAGCGCUCCCUUAUUCAAGUUCACAAUGCAAGAUAAUAUUAAGGAUCGUUGGUCAAAAAUGGUGUCGGAACGAUUGAGUGAAGCUGUUACAAUUAAAGAAGAUCCUGAUGCACCGAACCCUGCAUUGGAGUCUCUAUUGAGUCAAGUGGAAGUGAAAAUAAAAACAGAACCCCAAGAUUAUUACGAAUACGAAUAGUAAGUCGAAAUAAAAAUUUAAAAAUUGUCUCGCUCUUGUCUCAUUUAUCGAUGAACAACUGCUCUGACAUCAUAAAUGAGAUAAUGGAACAUCUUUCAUAAUUAUUCUUUGAAUUUUGAAGAAUCUACAUCAUUAAACCUGCAGCCAAAGCAGGAGUUAAUUCUUCAAACUCAAAAUUUCUGCCUUGUGAAUUCCUUCUCGUUUUGAUUUGAUGUGCGAUAUAAAUUUUAAUCUUUGAAUGUUAAGUAUUUAAAUGUAGGAGCCAUCGAUGUGAAACAUUAUAGCCGUCAUAGCUCUUCAAAGUGAGGAGAAAUUCUCGAGUAAUCAUUCGGAAAUAGUCUACAUUUUGCCUGGAAAAUUUUUUUGUAAAGUGCCAUGAUUGUAUGAUUGCAGCUAAGUCAAAUGAUCUUGUAAAAAAUUUAAUCUCUAGUCUUAAGGAAAGGUUAACCACAAUUGCUGAAAGUGCACUGUCAAAACCUCAUGGCAGAGUUGGGACGCACAAAGCUGCCUCGAAAGAUAAAAUUUUCCAAUUUGUCAGGAAAUUUCUUCCUCAGGUCACCCUCAAGCAUAUUUCACCUCAGAUUGGUUGACCCUCAUCAAAGAUUUUUAUUUCUCUUUUUAAGAAAAUGUUUGUCACAAUGCAUCACAACAUAAUCCAAGAAUUCAAAUUGCCAACAGCCGAUAUUGUACCUACUUGUGUUGUGAUAAAAUUUGGCUUAUCAUCUUGUCAUGCUAAUUCCAACUUCUAGAGGAAAAAAACAUUGGAUUCUUUCUGAGUAUUUCUUAAUAAGUGGAGGAGCAAUCAUUUCUAGUUUAUUACCAGCAGUAUUAAUAUUUUUCUACUUAAUAACACCAAACAGACGAUAGCUUGUCUUGACCAAUAUAGUAUUUACAAUGAGGUAAAGCCCCAGCGCUAGCAAAAGUAGACUUUGGCAUUUGUGAAGUAACUUUAGAGUAUUCAAGAUUUUACCUGGAUGAAUCGAAACAAGAGUGUAACAUUAAAACCUGUGUAAAUUCAUGAAUACUGGGGUUUCUUGGCCUUUAAAAACUGGACAGAGCUUUUGGCUUUGUAUGUACUUACCAUGAUUUUCUUCUUAGCUUAAAAUUUCUCAUCAGGUAUUUGUACUUAACUUUGAAAUUUCGUUUCAUGACUUUGUUUUUCCUUAUUUUUUACUGAUAUAAUACUAUUUUCCUUUUAUAUGUAUCGUUGUUUCACUUCCUGACUUCACAUACUCUUAUUAGUUUCUAAUUUUUAUACUCGAAAAUUUGUUGCUACGUCCUCUCAUCUUUUCACUGAAUCUACUAAGCCUUUCAGGAGUACGCACAUAUGUAGGUACUCUUAUCUACUUGUGUUUUUAACCUGUGGACUAUUUGAAGUGGUAAAAAAAAAUGUGGUACUUCACUUAAAAAUAAUUUUACUGAUAAUAGCAUUAUUGCAAUUGAAAUAUGUAUCAUAAGUUCAGUCAGCAACUGCUGAUCAACCUUUUUUCUUCUGGACAGGCUAUUGUUAUAGUCAUGUAUGGAUUUACCAGCAGGGUUUGAAACUUCACUUACCAAUUUUCGGUCUAACUAGUUCUGAUUAUCACGUGUAUUAAAAUAGCUAUUAGUGUAUUUUCCAAUAGCAAAUACACUACUUUCUAAUAUCAAGCCAUGAUUAAAGAUGGAACUUACAGAUUUUGAUAAUAUUUUUGCAUUUUGGCCCAUUAAAUUGAUGAAUGUUUUCUUUAAUUUUUUUUAUUCAUGAAUCAUCAUCACACUUGAAAUAUGCCCCCAUGUAUUUGAUCAUAUUUUGACUGCAAUUUUUUUUUGCUUUGUAAGAAGCCUCCUUUGGGGGCUAUAGUUCUUUGCAAGAAGGAUGUUUUAUAAGUAUGCAAGCGUCUCAUAUCUAUAGAUAGUGGUUCCAAUCUGGCUUAGUAAAACAUAGCCACAGGCAACAAAAGGGAAGUACAAAAAGAAUUACAGAAAUUAUUUCAGAUUUUUCAAAAUUCCCUUGUCUGUUUCAUUUCUAGGAGAAAACUCUUCAUAGAAGACUAUAAAAAUUAAACAAAAUUUCUUGCUUUGAAGGUACCCAAUUGAUAGUGCUGCAAUAACCUCAAAUAAGGAGAUUGCCCUAUUUUUUUUUAAAUUUAUAGGAAUCAGCUUAAAUGAAAUGUAACAGUUGGUCGUAGAAGUAAGAGGACAAUUUAAUUCAAUAUUUGAAAAAAAAAUUAGCUGGAUUCUGGACAGCAAAUUAAUUAAUACCCAAUUCUCGAAUUAUUUCAAGAUAGCUCCUGAUUUAUUCUGCUUUUAUUUAAUUUUGUUGUUUUUAGUUUAUUCAGUUUUUUCCUGUUUUUGAAUAUUGUGUUAAUGAUAUUUUUGUUAAGCUUGCAGCAGUAGGCAAGUGUAUUUACGUUUGUCCUUGAAUUUGCGAAAUGUCUUUUGUAAAAGGUGUGACAAGACUGCAUUCACUCACUUCUGUAAUUUUUCAUUUGUGAAGUUAUAGGUACCUCUAGUCAUUUAAUGUUACUUACAAUUAUUAUGAAUCAAUAAAAUGUCACUAUUUUACUCAAA